AGGAAAGAUGGCGGACGGCGUCGAUCACAUCGAUAUUUACGCGGAUGUAGAAGAGGAGUUUAAUCAGGAAGCAGAUUAUCCGGUCCACGAUCAGAUCGACCUGUACGAUGACGUCAUCUCUCCGUCAGCCAAUAACGGCGACGCCCCCGAGGACCGAGAUUACCUGGAUAACCUGCCUGCACCCGGCGGCGGCGAGUCCGGUAAAGGAGCUCCGCCCAACGUGGUUUAUACCUACACGGGCAAGAGGAUCGCUCUGUACAUCGGCAACCUCACCUGGUGGACCACAGACGAAGAUCUGACCGAAGCCAUUCACUCCGUCGGCAUCACCGAUCUGCUGGAGAUCAAGUUCUUCGAGAACAGAGCGAACGGACAGUCUAAAGGGUUUGCGUUGGUGUGUGUAGGAUCUGAAGCCUCCUCCAGGAAGCUGAUGGACCUGCUGUCGAAGCGAGAGCUGCACGGUCAGAACCCCAUCGUCACUCCCUGUAACAAACAGUCGCUCAGCCAGUUCGAGAUGCAGUCCCGGAAAACAUGUUCUCCUGUGUCUCCAGGUAACCAGUCCGGACAGAUGUCGGGCGAGGGCAAAGCCGGACCUCCGGGCAUCGGCGGCCGCGCCGGCUUUCCGCCCGGCAGGGGUCGUGGGCGCUUCCCAGGUCCGCCAGGUAUGGGAGAUCGAUUUCCCAAUCCGAUUGGACCUGGCGGGCCGCCGCCACACUUCCCAGGUGGUAUGCAGGGGCCCCCCCGGCCUCCCCUGGGCCCCCCCGGCCCCCCGGGUCCGCCCGGCCCCCCUCCGCCCGGUCAAGGUCUAGCCCCACCCCUCCCGGGCCCCCCCAACCGAGGGGACCGCCCGCCCCCCCCCGUCCUGUUCCCCGGCCAGUUCGGCCAGCCCCCGCUCGGACCCAUGCCCCCGGGCCCGCCCCCCCCGGGCUACGGCCCGCCGCCCGGCCCGCCGCCGCCCCAGCAGGGCCCGCCCCCUCCGGGCCCGUUCCCGCCCCGUCCGCCCGGUCCCAUCGGCCCGCCCAUGGCGUUAGCCCCGCCCCCGCACAUGCGAGGCCCCCCGCCCGGAGGCCCCCCGCCGGCCCCGCACGUCAACCCCGCCUUCUUCCCGCCGCCCGGGAACAACAUGCCGCCGGACGGAAGAGCUCCGCCUCCCAACGACCCCUACGGCCGCCUGCCGCCGUACGAACGGGACUACAGACCCGACAGGGACAUGGAUACAGGCCGCGCCCCCCUCAGCGAGCCUGAAUUCGAGGAGAUCAUGAACAGAAACAGAGCUAUAUCCAGCAGCGCCAUCUCCAGGGCUGUAUCAGACGCCAGUGCAGGUACACACACACGUACAGGUGACUACGGCAGCGCUAUAGAGACCCUGGUGACGGCCAUCUCGUUAAUCAAGCAGUCCAAGGUCUCGGCCGACGACCGCUGCAAGGUGCUGAUCAGUUCCCUACAGGACUGUCUGCACGGCAUCGAGUCCAAAUCCUACGGCUCCGCUAACAGCAGGCGGGAGCGCUCGAGGGAGCGUGACCACAGUCGCUCCCGCGAGAAGAGCCGCCGGCACAAGUCCCGCAGCCGCGACCGGCACGAGGACUACUACCGCGAGAGGAGCCGCGAGCGGGACCGCCACCGCGAGAGGGACCGCGAGAGGGACCGCGACAGAGAGAGGGAGUACCGCCACCGCUAACGCGAAAGCUGAACCGAAGAUCUCGAGUCGGAGAAGGAACCCAACCCGACCGUCUCUCCCACCCUUCACCGCCGUCAGAGAGGAGCAGACCCGUCACCCACCCGCCCGCCCACCGUCUCUGUGCUCCGAGUAUCGACCCGCUUCAGUAUAAACACGUCGUACAUGUAAAGAUACUCGCUCCUCUCUUAAUUCCUGCAGCUCUUUUUAUUUCCUUUUUAUUUCAUUGUGUAAUUAGACGAGAAAGUAAAGAAACCUUUCAGACUAACUUUCUCUCGCUCUGCCCUCGACCAAAAACACAGAACUGCUCUAGCGUGUACGUUUCCGAUAGACGUUGUUUUUAUAGGGAUUGGUUUUUUUGUUUGUUUUUGUUUUCAGGCCCCGCCACGCCCUUUUUCCCCUCUUCGUGUCUGCAUUAUUGUGCAUGAAUGUCUUUGCUUGGAUUUAUUAAAUAGACUGUGUUGUAAUAAAGUCUUUACUGAGGUU